GUAAAGCUGCAGCCAGUACUUCCGGUGUGUGUCGGGCUAAUAGCGGAGCAGCGAUCAUUACACAGCACCUUUGAGUUGCAUUGAGUGAUUUAAUCUCACAAAUCGUCUAAUAUGGCCACAUUUUUCGGUGAAGUUUUAUCGGUGUACUCGAGAGCUGUUGAAGAAGAUGAGUAUGAUGAUAUGACGAAUGAAAACGAGGAAGAUGAGCAGAUCCGCCGCGAAAUAGAGGAGAAGAGGUCUGUCGACGUUCAUUGGCUCUCGCAGACAGACGGCGGAUCUGUGCCGUGUUCGGAUCUGAUCAUCGCUGUGGGUCUGAAUGCCACCGGGUUCAUCUCGGCGUAUGUGCUGAGCUCCGGCGACUGGACGGCGGUCGCGUGGGUCUCGCUGUGGAACGAGCGGAGCCACGGAUCGGGACGACCGGACACGGCCCCGGGCCCUGGAGAGCCGUCCUGCGUCCUGUACCAGCAGAAGCACAGCCCGUCGGUGCUGAUAUGCCAGUGCUCCUGUUACGUGGCUGAAGAUCAGCAGUUCCAGUGGACAGAGAAGGUGUUAGGCUGCGUUCAGACGAGGGAUCUGACAGUGACCGUUCUCUCUGACUGCAGUAUAGCCGAAUAUAAGACAUCAGACUACCCGAGUGAGAGCAGUGUACCCUUCCUGCGCUCUCUGAGGACCAGCACACACACGGGCCCCGUCGCGAGUCCGGCCCUCGAGCAGCCCAACAUCAGCACCGGACUGGCUGCGGCAGUGCUCAGUCACUGUCAGGUUCAGCGGAUCGCAGCUGUUCUCUAUCAGUGCUACAGUGAUGUUCUGCAGCCGGACUCUCUCAGCAUGCAGACGUACAGAGCGGCUGUGAGCGCAGUGCUGAAGCUGGAUCCGAGUCCCAGCGCAGACGUGCUGCAGAAGAUCACGCGAGUCAGCGAGCUUCAGAGCAACCUCUACACGUGAAGAAAGCACUGUACACUGGUUUGCAUUUUUGCAUUAAAGAUGUGUUGUUUUA